UUCCAACUGCAAAACGACAUCCUGCAAUGGAACCAGACGUCGUCGUUUCGAAGCCCUUCGCUGUCAUCGCUUGCGUUUCGAUGGCGCUGCUCUACGUGGCGGUUCUCUACGCUCCGACGUUGCUCCUCCGCCUCCCUCCGCCUUCCUCAUUCGAAGCCUACAUGAUCCGACGCUUCCUAUGCGCCCUCGUUUCGACCGUUCUCUCUCUUUCGCUUUCUGCUCUCAUUAUCCCCGUGCAAAGUAAGGAACUGCUAUACCUUUUUGGUGUUUAUGGCAUCAGAAUGGAUCAUAUUUGGCAAGCAGUGGUCUUUCCACUUACCCUGACCUCUCUAAUGUAUGCUGGCUCGUUGUUCCUCAAGUUUCUUUUACUACUCGGCUCUUGGAGGGAACACACAAAUUCAGGCGGCGGCCUUUCCUUUGAUUCAUGUAAAUAUGCGACACAGAAGUUUGUUGCAUGGUUUUCUGCAGUGUCAACAAAUGUUAUGGCGUGGCGAAACUAUAUUGUGGCACCCCUUACCGAGGAGUUGGUGUUUAGGGCAUGCAUGAUACCUGUGCUACUGUGUGGAGGAUUUAAGCCAUAUGGUGUCAUACUUCUUUGCCCUAUUUUCUUCAGCCUGGCACAUUUAAAUCAUUUCAUGGAGAUUUAUGCCAAGCAAAACUACAGAAUAAAGAAGGCUGUUAUGGUUACAGGUCUCCAACUUGGUUACACUGUUGUCUUUGGGUCAUAUGCAUCUUUUCUUUUCAUUCGAACUGGACAUCUUCUUGCUCCUCUGGUUGCACAUAUAUGUUGUAAUUUUAUGGGACUGCCGGUACUAUUUUCGAAGAGAAGUGCGGCAGCGAGUAUAGCAUUCGUAUUAGGACUUUUGGGCUUCUUGUGGCUUCUUUUCCCAAUGACAACCCCAGAUUUGUAUAAUGAUAGAGUAGAUAAUUGCAGUUGUUGGCAAGGUUAUUGCUCAUGGAGAGUAAGAAAUUCUUCAUCGAUGUAAAAUAUAAAAGCCGCUGAGAGAACAAAGAAUGAAUUGUAUAAGAACAAGGUUUUCCUUACUAGUUAUUCUCUCGUAUAUUUGCGUUA